AAGAAGAAGACCAAUCAGAUGCCCCGUUGAUUGUGAUUGAUUGGCUCUCAGCGAAUCACAGGCUUUGUUUUGGCUAACCGCUAUCUGACGGAGGCUGCUGCUCCUGCUCUUCAAACACCAAACUUCCAUCAAUAUCAAGCUCACAGAAGCAAAGGGGACUCCUGUCAAAAUGCCUCAGACCAACAAGUCAGUUAGCGGUAGCAGUGUGCCGGGCCAGGUGUCGGCUCCAGAUCAGGGCGAGCCACCACCCCCAGUGGAUGUGAGGACCCAGGUGGCUGCUGGAGAUGGAGGUGGAGGAGUCGCUGCAGAAGACCAGGGAGACCCAGAGAUCAUCAAAUCACCCAGUGACCCAAAGAAGUACAGAUACAUCGAGCUGAGUAACGGCCUGCGAGCGCUGCUCAUCUCCGACUUCAGCGGGGCAGACGGGAAGGCCGGCGGUGAAAACGAAGAGAACCAGGGCGAGUCAGACAACGACGGGGAAGAAGACGAGGAGCAGGACGGCGGCGAGGAAGAGGGGGAUUCUGGUGAGGGGUCAGAGGAAGACGAAGAGGAGAACGAAGAGGAAGAGCAGGACAGCGACUUUGAUGAGCUGGACGAGGAGAACGCAGGGAAGAAGAAGAGAGGGAGCUCCGAGAAACAGGCAGCAGCUGCUCUCUGCAUCAGUGUGGGGAGCUUCAGCGACCCGGACGACCUGCCGGGCCUCGCCCACUUCCUGGAACACAUGGUGUUCAUGGGCAGCGAGAAAUACCCGGCGGAGAACGGCUUCGACGCCUUCCUGAAGAAGCACGGCGGCAGUGACAACGCCUCCACGGACUGCGAGAGAACCAUCUUCCAGUUUGACGUGCAGAGGAAAUAUUUCAGAGAGGCGCUCGACAGGUGGGCUCAGUUCUUCAUCUGUCCUCUGAUGAUUGAAGACGCCAUCGACAGAGAGGUGGAAGCUGUGGACAGCGAGUACCAGCUGGCGAGGCCGUCUGACUCACACCGUAAAGAGAUGCUGUUUGGAAGUCUGGCCAAACCUGGACACCCGAUGAGCAAGUUCUGCUGGGGUAACGCUCAGACAUUAAAACACGAGCCCAGAGAGAAACAGAUCAACACCUACCAGCGGCUCCGAGACUUCUGGAAGAGAUAUUACUCCGCUCAUUACAUGACGCUCGCCGUUCAGUCCAAAGAGACACUGGACACUCUGGAGCAGUGGGUGAGAGAGAUCUUCAUCAAAGUUCCCAACAACGGUGAACCUCGACCAGACUUCUCUCCCCUCCAGCAGCCGUUUGACACCCCGGCCUUCAACAAACUCUACAGAGUGGUUCCUGUGAGGAAGGUUCAUGCUCUGACCAUCAGCUGGGCCGUGCCGCCGCAGGGAAAACACUACAGAGUGAAGCCUCUUCACUACAUCUCCUGGCUGAUCGGACAUGAAGGAACCGGCAGCAUCCUGUCUCUGCUCAGGAAGAGGUGCUGGGCUCUGGCUCUGUUUGGAGGAAACAGUGAGACGGGCUUCGACCAGAACACCACCUACUCCAUCUUCUCCAUCUCCAUCACCCUCACCGACCAGGGCUACCAAAACGUCUACGAAGUAGUUCAUUUGGUGUUCCAGUACCUGAAGAUGCUCCAGACUCUGGGCCCUCAGCAGAGGAUCUACGAGGAAAUUCAGAAGAUUGAAGCCAACGAGUUCCACUAUCAGGAGCAGACGGAUCCGAUCGAGUUUGUGGAGAACAUCUGUGAGAACAUGCAGCUGUUUCCCAAAGAGGACUUCCUGACCGGAGACCAGCUCAUGUUUGAGUACGACAUGGAGGUGAUCAGUGCAGCUCUGUCCCUGCUGACUCCGGACAGAUCAAACCUGCUGCUGUUGUCACCAGAGAACGAAGGUCACUGUCCGCUCAGAGAGAAAUGGUUCGGUACCUGCUAUAACAUGGAGGAUAUCCCAGAGGAGUGGACUCAGCGCUGGGCAGGAGACUUCGAAGUCAACCCUGAACUCCACCUUCCUGCUGAGAACAAGUUCAUAGCGACGGAUUUCACUCUGAAAGCGUUCGACAGUCCAGAAUCAGAGUUUCCUGUGAGGAUAGUCAACAAUGACCGAGGCAGUCUGUGGUACAAGAAGGACAACAAGUUCAAGAUACCUAAAGCUUAUAUUCGUUUCAACCUGAUCUCCCCGAUGAUUCAGAAGAGUCCUGAGAAUCUGCUGCUAUUUGACCUCUUCGUGAACAUCUUGGCUCACAACCUGGCAGAACCGGCAUACGAGGCCGACGUGGCUCAGCUGGAGUACAAGCUGGUGGCCGGAGAGCACGGCCUGGUGAUCCGACUGAAAGGCUUCAACCACAAACUGCCGCUGCUGUUGAAGCUGAUCGUGGAUCAUCUGGCCGAGUUCACUGCUGAGCCGGGAGUCUUCGCCAUGUUUUCAGAACAGCUGAAGAAGACCUACUUCAACAUCCUCAUCAAACCAGAAAGACUGGGAAAGGACGUUCGUCUGUUGAUCCUGGAGCACUGUCGCUGGUCGGUCAUUCAGAAGUAUCAGGCCGUCAUGAAGGGUCUGACCGUCGAUGACCUCAUGACCUUCGUCACCGGGCUGAAGGCGGAGCUGUACACUGAGGGGCUGGUGCAGGGAAACUUCACCAGCACGGAGUCCAAAGAGUUCCUGCAGUACUUCACUGAUAAGCUGCAGUUCCAGCCGCUGCCAGCAGAGGUCCCCGUGUUGUUCCGGGUGGUGGAGCUGCCUCAGAAACAUCAUCUCUGUAAAGUCAAGUCUCUCAACAAGGGAGACGCCAACUCUGAGGUCACCGUCUACUACCAGUCGGGGCUGAAGAACCUCAGAGAGCACGCCCUGAUGGAGCUGAUGGUGAUGCACAUGGAGGAGCCCUGCUUCGACUUCCUCAGGACGAAGGAGACACUGGGGUACCAGGUGUACCCGACCUGCAGGAACACCUCAGGGGUGCUGGGAUUCUCCGUCACCGUGGAAACGCAGGCCACCAAGUUCAGCACUGAGUUCGUUGACGCGAAAAUCGAGGAGUUCCUACUCAGUUUCGGCGAGCGUUUGUCGGGUCUCAGCGAGGAGGCCUUUAGGACCCAGGUGACGGCGCUGAUCAAGCUGAAGGAGUGCGAGGACGCUCACCUGGGAGAGGAAGUGGACCGCAACUGGUUUGAGGUCGUCACACAGCAGUACAUCUUCGACCGGCUCAACAAGGAGAUCGAGGCUCUGAAGCUCUUCACUCAGGAGGAGCUGGUUUCCUGGUUCCUGGAGCACAGAAACAGCAGCAGCAGGAAGCUCAGCGUACAUGUGGUGGGUUUCGGUUUGGAGGAGAACGACCCCUCGGAGCAGAACACCUCCUGCGCCUCCGACAGCCCCGACAACCCUCCCUCCUCGGCCUACGGCGAAGUGAGCGAGCUGACCUUCCUGCCAGCCUCCUCGCCGUCGCUCCAGGACGCCGCGCUCAUCACCGACAUCCGGGCGUUCACCUCCUCCCUCCCUCUGCACCCCUACCACAAAAUCCUCAGCUAGGUCGCUCUCACUGGGAACUGAACCACGAACCUCUUCACUCUCUCUCUCUCUCUCUCCCUGUACGGCAGAGAUAAUAAAGUAACCAUGGCAACAGCUAGUAUUGAUAAUCGCACUGUUUGAUCAAAGAGGACACUGAUAGGAUGGACAGAAACUGAGAAGCAUCUCAGCAAAUGUUUUUGCAUUUGUAAGUUAUUUUCUUUUAUGUGAGUGGUUGUAAUGAUGCUGCAUUCACGUCCUGCGGGAAAAAGUUCAGAUCCGUUUUCAUCAAACUUCUCAGAGCAGGAAGUUACUUCUAACACGACAAAACUUCUCAGAGGGACACAAUUUUUGUCCUACUUUUAGGAGUAAAAACUAUUUUUAUUAACUUUCUCAACUUAGGAAACAACUCGUGUCUGUGCUGGUUUUUAGGAGUUCAUGCAGAGAGAUUCCAUGAGAGAUUAAUUUAAUGAAAAUACACAUAUUAAAAGAAUAUUAUAAAAAGAACAAAAAAUGUUUUCAUGAAUUUGAGAAGCUAAAAAAAGUUAUAACAAUAGUUUAUGUAUAUAGCACUUAUUACAAAGUGCUUUACAAAGACAAAAAGCAAAAAACAAGCAAAAACAACCACAUGCAGACAAAUACAUCUUCAGAGGCAAUAUUUAUUUUAAAAAAAAGACAAUUAUGCAUUUAUCAAAAUCACUGCAGAUUAAUUUUCUGUUGAUUGAUCAGUUGAUUAAUUGUUGCAGCUUUACAUUUUGCACUCACAGCAAUGAUGUGAGCACGUUUCUGUUAAAAACAUGUAAUUUAUCUCCUCUGUAACAACAUGAACAUAUAAAGGGACAUAUCAUGCUUC